AUGUUGAAGGACGAGCAGGGUCGCCCCUUCAUCGUUGUCAGAGACCAAGGGAAGAAGAGACGUCAGUUCGGCAAUGAAGCUGUCAAGUCCCAUAUCCUCGCCGCACGCACGGUUGCGAACAUUGUCAAGACUUCCCUCGGCCCGCGAGGUCUCGACAAGAUCCUGAUAUCCCCCGACGGCGACAUUACCAUUACGAACGACGGAGCUACGAUUCUUCAACAGAUGGAGAUCAGCAACCAUGUCGCUAAGCUUCUCGUUGAGCUCUCCAAGUCACAAGAUGACGAGAUCGGUGAUGGUACCACUGGUGUUGUCGUAUUGGCCGGUGCCCUCCUCGAGCAGGCUGCCGAUCUCAUCGACAAGGGCAUUCACCCCAUUCGAAUUGCCGACGGCUACGACCAGGCUUGCGAUAUCGCCGUCGCCGAGCUUGACCGAAUCUCCGACGUCAUUAAUUUUUCAAAGGAGGAAACAGAGAACCUCGUCAAGGUGGCAAGAACGAGUUUAGGCAGCAAGAUUGUAUCGAAAGCCCACGAUCAGUUUGCCAAUAUUGCUGUCGAUGCAGUCCUCUCUGUUGCCGACCUCGAGCGCAAGGAUGUCGACUUUGAGCUUAUCAAGGUAGAUGGCAAGGUCGGUGGUGCUCUGGAAGAUACCCUCCUCGUCAAGGGCGUCAUUGUCGACAAGGACUUCUCCCACCCCCAGAUGCCUUCCGAGGUUACUGAUGCCAAGAUUGCGAUCUUAACGUGCGCAUUCGAGCCCCCCAAGCCCAAGACGAAGCAUAAGCUCGAGAUUUCCAGCGUGGAGGAGUUCAAGAAGCUACAAAACUACGAGAGGGAGAAGUUUAUCGAGAUGAUUCAGCAGAUUAAGGAUACUGGUGCAAACUUGGCCAUCUGCCAAUGGGGUUUCGAUGAUGAAGCAAACCACCUUCUUCUUCAGAACAACCUCCCCGCCGUCCGAUGGGUUGGUGGCCCCGAGAUCGAGCUCAUUGCCAUUGCGACCAACGGUAGAAUAGUACCUCGCUUCGAGGAUUUGUCUGCGGAGAAGCUUGGCCGUGCUGGUAAGGUACGGGAAAUGACCUUCGGCACAACGAGGGAAAAGAUGUUGGUUAUCGAGGAGUGUGCCAACACCCGUGCCGUGACCGUUUUCGUUCGUGGCAGCAACAAGAUGAUCAUCGACGAGGCCAAGCGAUCCCUGCACGAUGCUCUGUGUGUUGUGCGUAACCUGGUCCGUGACAACCGUGUUGUGUACGGUGGUGGUGCUGCAGAGAUCGCCUGUGCUCUGGCAGUUGAAGAUGCUGCUGCGAAGACCCCAGGUCUUGAGCAGUACGCCAUGAGGGCUUUCUCGGACGCUCUCGAUUGCGUUCCCAUGGCCCUUGCCGAGAACAGUGGUCUCAACCCCAUCUCGACGCUGGCCGAGGUGAAGAGCCAGCAGGUCAAGGCCGGCCCAGAUGGGCGCGGACAGUUGGGUGUUGACUGCAUGGGACGUGGAAGUAACGACAUGAAGGAUGCCUUUGUCAUUGACCCUCUCAUCAGCAAGAAGCAGCAGCUCCAACUCGCUACCCAGUUGUGCCGCAUGGUAUUGAAGGUGAAUAAUGUCAUUGUCUCUGGCGCAGAUGAAAACGAUUUUUAG